AUGGAAAUCAUUACUUUCUACGAUGAACAUCAACAAGGGACCCGUGAUUUAUCUGAACAAUCAGCUGAGUUUUUAUGGUUUCAGUUAUUCAAAGAUGUUAUUCAACAAUUACCUCGCUGUGAUGAUGCAAAACAAGAAAUGCUAACAGUUUGUCGUGAAUAUUAUCGAAAUAAUCUUCGAAUACUAGGAGAUGUCAACAACUUUGAUAUGAAUUACGAUGAAGAUACAUGUAUUUGGUGGUAUACAAAAGAGACAUUUGUAUAUCGGUUAAUCAAUAAAGCUUUGCGAACAGAAGAUAUUGAACAACUGUAUUUAUUUCGUUAUUAUAUUGCUGAUUUAUCAAGACAACUUGCUAAAGAACACGAAAAGAUCAAAAAUCAGAAAGAUGAAACACUAUAUUUAUAUCGUGGUACAAAGAUACACAGAAAGGAAUUGACAAAAGUCAAAGCGAAUGUGAAUAAACUUAUUGCCAUCAAUGGUUAUUGGUCUACUAGUCGUGAUCGUUCCUAUGCAUGUACAUUUGCCAAUAAAAUGACUAAUCGUGUAGAUCAUGUGCCAGUAUUAUAUGAAAUUAAAUGUAAUUUAAAGGAUCCAAAUGGUUCAAUUAUUGUUGCUGAUAUAUCUGAUUUAAGUGAACUUUCGCUAGAGAAGGAAUGCUUGUUCGAUGCAGGUUCAAUUUUUUAUAUCGAAAAUAUUAAGGAAGAAAACGAAGGUGAUACUGAAUUAAUUGUAGAAUACACACAAGCUCUGACAUAUCAACUGAACGGUUUAGAAGUGCGAAAGGAAUGUUUAGGUCUGGACAAUGUUGUCCUUGCUUUCAGUUAUGAAGAGAUUGCUAAUAUUUACUCACGUCAAAAAAUAUAUGGGCAAGCUCUUCAAUACCAUCUUCAAGCGUUAGAACUCAGACAAAAAGAUUUACCAGCUGUUCAUCGUAAUACAGCCUGGAGUCUUUAUCAAGUCGGGAAAAUGUAUUACAAUAUUGAUAAUUUAACAGAAGCUAUUCAACAUAAUAUUCAAGCGCUGGAAAUGACAAAAAGUUGCCCCUCAUACAAUGGCCAACAACGGACUGUUCUCAGUAUUCUUGAAGAUCUUAUAUUACUUCAUAAGAAUCGGUCGGAGAAGGUACUUACUUAUCAAUUACAGGUAUUAGAUAUUCAUAGAAAUACUAAUCCUAUCGAUUAUUCAAAGUUGACUGGCAUUCUCAUUGAUAUUUCUUCCACGUGUCGAGCACUGAAUAAAAUUAAAGAUUCACUCGAUUAUUACAAAGAAGGUCUAACAAUUCAGAUACAAGAACAACUUGCUGAUAAAUUAAUUCUGGCUCGAAAAUUUCAUUGCCUCGCUUCUGAAUAUGAAUAUAUUCGUGAUAUCAAUUGUGCACUUGAGUGCUAUCAAAACGUAAUGAACAUUAAUACGACACAUUACCCUCGCAAUCAUUGGUUAUGUGAAAAGACACAAAGAAAUAUUAAUCGGUUGAAACGAUACCGUUGA